AUGAGGAUUUUUUAUGAGCCAAGGGCCUUGCAGAAAGAGAUUCUGGCACUCCGCGGCCGUGGGAGGCGCAUCGCGUUGGUCCCCACGAUGGGGAACCUCCACGAGGGUCAUGUGUCCCUCGUUCGUGAGGCCGUGCGAAACUCCGACACGGUGAUCGUGUCGAUAUUCGUAAACCCCACGCAGUUCGCUCCCAAUGAGGACUUCGCUGCGUACCCGCGCACGUUCGAGGACGACCAGGCGAUGAUCGCUGCGGUCGCUCCGGACGCCAUCAUCUUCUGCCCGGACACAGCCGCGAUGUACGCGCCAGACGCCUCAGUGUGGGUGGACGAGAUGGCGCUCUCAACGUCUCUUUGCGGGCGAGCGCGCCCAGGUCAUUUUCGUGGUGUCUGCACUGUUGUGACCAAGCUGUUUCAUAUCGCGCUGCCUGACCUUGCUUUCUUUGGGCAGAAAGAUGCACAACAGGCGUUAAUUAUUCGGCGCAUGGUGCGAGAUCUUGAUUUUCCUAUUGAAAUUGUGGUGUUACCGACUGUGCGUGAGCCUGACGGGCUCGCCAUGAGUUCCCGUAACCGUUUUCUCUCGCCGGGUGACCGUGCGAAGGCGCCGGCCCUCUACGCGGCGUUAGCGAAGGCGGAGACUCUUGUGCGUGCUGAUCGCACUCUGGAGGCGAAAGCAGUGCGGACUGGAAUUGUUGAUGCUAUUAUGGGACUUGGUGGCGUGAUCGAUUACGUCGAAGUUUUGUCGAGCGACACGCUUAUGCCUGUGGAGAACUGCACGACAGCUCUACUGAUUGCACUGGCAUACAAGUUUGGACCCACGAGGCUCCUUGACAACGUAGUAAUCCAAUGA